AUGGCCGACAACGGAAUUCACCAACCCACCCAGGCCGAACUCAUCGCCCAGAUGGCCGAGCUUCAGGCGGAAGUCAAAAGACUUGCCGAACUGUCCGCUAAGAAUAAUGCCAGCAAACGUGAAGAAAACAACUCUAAAGGAAAAAGCAACACAGACCUACUAAGUGCAGACCCACCAAAGGAGAAACUGACCUUGGACAACCCGUUCUCCGAAGAGAUCACUAAUUAUCAGAUGCCAAAACAUUUCACACUGCCUUCCUCACUCGAGCCAUAUAAGGGGAUUGGUGACCCCCAAGCUCAUAUUAAGAAAUUUCAAUCUAUGAUGUUCUUUAAUGGCCCUAAUAACGAACCUGUUCUUUGCAGAGCUUUCCCCACUUAUGUCGACGGUGCGGCUUUACUUUGGUUCUCAAAGUUACCUGCAGGAUCAAUCUCCUCUUUCGAGGAACUGGCGAAAUCCUUCAUAGACUACUUCGCUGCAGCACGGAUAUAUGUGCAUGGAUCAGACUACCUCGGGACUAUUCGCCAAGGUCCCCAUGAAAGCUUGAAAGACUAUCUGACCAGAUUCGCAGAAGCAACAAUGGAAAUACCUGACCUGGAUCCCGCCGUCCACUUGCACGCCCUAAAAGCCGGACUCCGACCUGGAAAAUUUAGAGAAACCAUCGCGGUAACCAAGCCGAAGACGCUGGAGGAAUUCCGAAAAAGGGCAGCUGGACAAAUGGAGAUUGAAGAGCUCCGUGAAGCCGAAAAGACAGAAAAAAAAGCAACCAAGAAGAGAGGAUGA